AUAAAUAGCUUAAACCUUUGAAAAACAACACAAGAAUGCAGCGUUCCAGCAAGUUUCUCAUACCGAGGGAAAGGAGAACAGGGCCAACAUAAAGAAAGCCCCUUUAGGAUAAAACUUUUAAACUGAAAUUAAAUGUCUUUUGUUGAAGAAAGGGGAAGUAAAAAACCCAACAACCCUAGAUAUCUGAAGUUGUGACCAACAAACAGAAAGGAUGGAGCCGCCAGCAAUAAAAAUACACUACAGGAAAUUCUAGUCUCCAGCGAUAAAUAGAAGUCACAACAGCACAGGAUGCAUGCAGGGCGAGCUCUUUAGGCCAACGGGAUAUGAAAGGCAAACAGCCUGUCUUCUUUUGUUUUAACAUCUGACGCGUGUCCCCUGCAGGUCUGGGCCGCGCAGCUGGUUGCUUGGGAGGACAGCACCGAUCCUGCCACUCUCCGCCAGACCCACAGCGAGGAUGGGCACGGUCCUCUUUGUUCUCUUUGGCCACGGGCUCCUAUGGUGGGCACCCUCCUGGGCUGGUGAAGAGGCAGCAGUUCAGUGCUUGGGAACAGCUUGCUACACUGUCCACUGGGGCAAGCACAACUGGGCUGGUGCCCAGGACCAGUGCAAGAGCAACGGGGGCAACCUGGCCAGUGUGAAGAGCCAGGACGAGGCACAGCUGCUUGGUGACCUGCUAGCCCCGGAUGAGGUGAGGGCACCGGGGCUGGUGAAGCUGUGGAUGGGGCUGCGCCGGGAGAAGGGCAAGUGCUAUCAGAGGCACCAGCGCCUCAGGGGCUUCAGCUGGGCCUCCGGAGGGGCCAACACCGACUACGACAACUGGCGGCGGGACGGCCCCGUGUGCGGCCGGGCCUGUGUCGACGUGUCCCGGGACCUGCGCUGGGAGGAGCGGCGCUGCCAGGACUCCCUGGACGGCUUCCUGUGCGAGUACAACUACCCCGGCACGUGCCGGGGGCUGCCCGGCGGGGACGUGACCUACCGCACCCCCUUCGGGGCGCAGGACAGUGACUUGGUGGCCCUGCCGCCGGACACCGAGGCUUGGCUCCCCGCGCUGGGCUUGGAACUGGUGUGCAAGAAGCAGGAUGGCGGGCGUUUCAGGUGGAGCACCCACCUGCCCGGGGCCUGGGCCUGCCAGGUGGAGAACGGGGGGUGCGAGGGCACAUGCCAGGAGAAGGACGGGCAUCCCUCCUGCGCCUGCCCCGAGGGGAGGAAGCUGGAGGCGGACGACCGCAGCUGCUCAGCCCCCUGCGCCAGUGCCCCUUGCGAGCAGCUCUGCGUCCCCCACGGGGCCGACUUCAUCUGCAUGUGCCACGAGGGCUACGAGCUGACCGAGGAUGGCAUUCACUGCCGAGACAUCGACGACUGUCAAGUGAACCCGCAGGUCUGCGAACAGAUAUGCAUCAACACCGAAGGGGGCUUCGAGUGCCAUUGCCACCAGGGCUAUGAGCUGGUGGAGGGGAAAUGCAAAGAUGUGAUAGACUGCUACACAGUCUUCUGCCAGCACCACUGUGAGGACAUCCCUGGGGGUUACAGAUGCAUCUGCUUCGAAGGCUAUGCCCCUCACCCUAAGGACCCUUUCAAAUGCGUCUUGUUUUGCAACGAGAGUCAAUGCCCUGCUGAAUGCGACCCCCAUGUCCAGAGUAAUUGCAUGUGCCCUGACGGGUUCAUCUUGGAUGAAACUGAGACGGGUCCCAAAAUGUGUAUAGACAUCAAUGAGUGUGAAAUGCAGCAUUGUGAUGGGAUCUGCACGAAUACGCUAGGAAGCUUCAGGUGCGAUUGCCCUGAGGGGCAGGUCCUCCAUGACCCGUACACAUGUGUAAAUAGGAGUGAUUUCGAAAUAGAGAUUUCAGGGAGCGGUGAAAUUUACCCGCAAACACCAGUCCCCACCCAGCUCCCACCAGCUAAGAGCCUCCACCCUGGGGCUCUGGUUGGCAUCAUCGUGGGCACUCUGUCCAUGAUCAUCAUCCUGAUAGCCCUCAUCUACCACCUAAUGAAGAAGCAUUUCAUCGCCCAAAGAGGCAUGGACUAUAAAUGUAGCAGCAGUAUAGAAAAGGAAGUGGGACUGUAUCACGUUACCCCAGGAUGUUCCUCUGCUGGCCAGAAAUUGUAGAGAUUCAGACUGAAAUGAAAGGAAAAAAUAGAGAACAGGCUGAGAUUUUUUUCAUAAUUCCAAUGAAAAACAGAAUUCAGGAAAAGUUAUGAAUGAUUUUUCUUGGGGGGAGGGGGUGGGGAGUGAAAAAAGAGGUUCACCACGUUUUUUGCCAGUUCUAGAAACUAUCUCUUGCAAGGCACUGGAGAUCUAAAUGCCACUGCAUGCAGUAGAGAGCUACUGCCACUGUGCCCUCUGUAAGGAAAUUGGCAGAUAGAUGCCUUUCGGUCCCCCACCAUUCGCGACACGGUGACCUCAAUGGAAUUGAAAGAAAGAACUUUAUUUCUGAGAAGAAUGUCCAGGUUUGGAACUGACUAUUUUAAUGUAUCUUGACUGUAAGGCAAGCGAGUAUAUACAACUCUGAUCUAAGAGUAAUAGACCUUGGGGCAGCUCAACCCAAGUGGCUCUUUUCCAGAGGCAGUAUCAGGAGUUCUUUUCUGCAUCAGCCAAGAAGAAGAGCUGGAAUGCUGCUGCAUUUAUUUAGGUUGGUUUUUUGUUUUGUGUGGGUUUUUUUAAAAACUGAGAAUUACUAAAGAACUAGCGAAGUUCUUUUGGUCAGUGCUUCUCCUAGUUUCAUCUCCUUGUCUUUAUAGUCUGUAGGAAACUAAAACUCUCAUCUCUGUCUUUCUGUAUCUAGCCACCUACCUGUCCAUCCACUUUUCUUCCUUCUUUUGGAUGUUACAGUGUUACCCAUCAUUAUCAUAUCUGAGCACCUUCUGCAGAAAGUUAAGAGCAGUAGUGAAAUCCCUGGUGAAUGUUUGUCACUUUUCCCUCUUUGGGAACAAAAAUGAUUUUGUUGAUGUUUGUUUGUGAUGGUGUUUUGUUUUGGGGGGUGUUGGUGUGAAUGGUAUGUAUGUCACUCUAUUUCCAGGAGAAAUGCCUUUUCGUUUUUAUGUUGUGCCUUCUGUUCCAUACCACAAUUUCUCCAGUGAUUUUGUUACCCUCCUCUCCCUGUCAGAUUAAAUCAUCAUUAACAAACCCUUUUAGCAGCCUCCCUGUUGACAACAGUGCAUUUUUGCCUUGCUCUACUAAAUGCCUUAGUUCUGGCUAGGUCACCUCUGUGGACCUGGUUUAAUUCACAUUCAGGUCAGUGACAAAACUUCCAUUGACUUUAAAGGGAGGAGGAU